AAGCGGCCACCUCCCUGCGCCCCGCCCCUCCGGCUUGCUCUGUGGCUACUGCGGCUCCUCCCGGCUGCUCCCGACUCCUCUCUGCCCUCUCCCGGCUUCCUGCGGCUCCGGCUUGGGCUUGGCGGCGGCGGUGGUGCAGAAUGGCAGACCUCAGUCUUGUAGAUGCAUUGACAGAGCCACCCCCAGAGAUAGAGGGAGAGAUAAAGCGAGACUUCAUUGCCACAUUGGAGGCGGAGCCCUAUGACGACACUGUGGGAGAAACUGUGGAGAAGACAGAGUAUAUUCCUCUUAUGGAUGGUGAUGAGAAAGCUGGGAACCCAGAGUCCAAAAAGAAACCAUGCUCAGACACUAGCCAGGUUGAAGGUAUUUCAUCUUCUAAACCAACACUUCUAGCCAAUGGUGAUCAUGGGAUGGAAGGGAAUAACACUACAGGGUCUCCUACUGACUUCCUUGAAGAGAAAAUGGCCUACCAGGAAUAUCAGAACAGCCAGAACUGGCCACAAGAUGCAAGCUUUUGUCCCCAGCCCCAGCAAGUGUUAGGUACUCACCAGGCUGAUCCCUUUAAGGUGCACCAUGAUGGUGACUUGGCAGAUCUGCUCUUUGUCUCCAGUGGGCCCACAAAUGCUUCAGCAUUUAUAGAGCAAAAUGAUCCUCUGGAAGACAGUUAUGGUAUGCUUCCCGGUGACUCAUUUGCUCCCACGGCUGUUGUAUCUCAGGAGUGGUCUGUGGAAGCCUCAAACUCUCCACACUCAGAGUCCUUCGUUUCUCCAGAAGUUAUUAUAGAAAGCCUUCAGCCUGCAGCAGAGCUAUCCAAGGAAAUAGAAGUGGAAUCAGGAAAAGAGCAGCUGCCAGCUGAAGCACUGGAAAUGAUGGCAGAAGAGAAGAUCACUGAUGUGGUGCCAUCUAGAGAAGCAGAGGUAUCUCCAUCCACAGACACGACACCAGGCACAGAAACAGAAGUGACAUUUUCUAAAGACCCAGAAGAGACCAUCAAACCAGAUGUGAUACUAUCAGAUGUUACACAGCCAUCCAUUGAAUCAGAUAUAUUCCUGGCUGAGGACAUGGAACUGCAUGUAGAAACAGAGGUGACCCCAAUUAAGGGGCCGACAGAAGCAGAUGUAUCUUUGACCAAGGAUGUGGCACCUCCUACAGAAACUGAAAUGGUCCCAGGCAAGGAUGUCACACUGCCCAAAGAAACAGAGAUGGCACUUCCAAUAAAAAUGGACUUGGUACCAUCUGAGGAUGUGGUUCUUCCCAAAGAAACAGAGCUAGCACCAGUCAAGGGCAUGGUUCCACCCUCAGAAAUAGAGAUGGCACUGGCAAAGGAUGCUGUGUCUUCUGUAGAAAUGCCUUCGGCUGAGGAGAUGGACCUGGCCUCAGAAACAGAGGUGGGCCUUGCAAGGGACUUGGCACUGCCCUCAGACACCCUGAUGAUCUUGACAAAGGAUGUAACCUUGCCCUUAGAAACGGAGGGAUCUCUGGUUAAAGGCAUGACUCCAUCUCUGGAAACUGAAAUAACCGUGAAUAAGGAUAUAGCUCCACCUCCUGAAACAAAAUUGGACAUGGUCAGAGAUAUGGCUCCAUUCCCAGAAUCAGAAGUGUCUCUGGGAAAGGAAGUGGGUAUAUUUCCAGAAACAAAGGUGACUGAGUUCAACAAUGUGACCCCACUUUCAGAAAAAGAGAUGGCCUUAGUCAAGGACAUGUCUCUACCUCCAGAAACAGAGGCUCCCCUGGUUGAGGAUGCCAUUUGGCCUUCGGGAACCCAGAUGACCUUGGACAACAGUGUGACUCCAGCCAAGGAUGUUACACUACCCUCGGAAACAGAAGUAGCAACAGUUCAAAUUAAAGACAAGGAAAAUGCACAGACCCAAGAAGAACCAAAUGAAGACUCCCAGUUAGAAUCUGUCCAGCACAAGGGGCAGUCAGUAGCACCUCCUUGUAUGAUUCUACCAGAACCAGUCAAAGCUGCAGACCAAAACUCAACCUUGCCAAUAGAUGAAGGUUCUCUGUUAGAGGGUUUAGAGCAAAAGGAAACAUCUGGCCGCCAGCCUUGUGAACUUCCUUCAGGAAUAGCCAGGCAAGAAGAAGAAAAGCCUGCUGUGGGUGUGACAGGAAAUGACAUCUCUUCCCCACCAAACAAGGAACUCCCACCAAGCCCAGAAAAGAAAGCAAAGCCUUUGGCCACCACUCAGCCUGCCAAGACUUCAACAUCGAAAGUCAAAACACAGUCCACUUCUCUCCCUAAGCAACCAGCUCCCACCACUUCUGGUGGGUUGAAUAAAAAACCCAUGAGCCUCGCUUCAGGCUCAGUGCCAGCUGCCCCAUCCAAACGCCCUGCUGCUGCCACUGCUACUGCCAGGCCUUCCACCCUACCUGCAAGAGACGUGAAACCAAAGCCAGUUACAGAGGCUAAGACUCCUGAAAAGCGGACCUCACCCUCCAAACCUGCAUCCACCCCAGCCCUCAGACCUGGACCUAAAACCACCCCAACUGUCCCUAAAGCCACAUCUCCCUCAACUGGGCCAAGCAGUAGAAGUCCUGCUACGCCUUUGCCGAAGAGGCCUACCUCCACUAAGACUGAGGGAAAACCUGCUGAUGUCAGAAGGAUGACUGCUAAGUCUGUGCCAGCCGACUUGAGUCGUUCAAAGACCACCUCUACCAAUUCUGUGAAGAGGAACACCACUCCCACUGGGGCAGCACCCCCAGCAGGGAUGACUUCUGCUCGAGUCAAGCCCACAUCUGCACCUGCCCGGCCUUCUGUGGACAAGAAGCUUACCUUAGCUAAGCCUAGUUCCUCUGCACCCAGGCUGAGCCGCCUGGCUACCACUGCCUCUGCCCCUGAUCUGAAGAAUGUUCGCUCCAAGAUUGGCUCUACAGAAAAUAUCAAGCACCAGCCUGGAGGAGGCCGGGCCAAAAUAGAGAAAAAAACAGAGGCAGCUGCCACAGCUGGAAAGCCUGAACCUAAUGCAGUCACUAAAGCAGCUGGCUCCAUUGUGAGUGCACAGAGACCGCCUGCUGGGAAAGUCCAGAUAGUCUCCAAAAAAGUGAGCUACAGCCAUAUUCAAUCCAAGUGUGGUUCCAAGGACAAUAUUAAGCAUGUCCCUGGAGGUGGCAAUGUUCAAAUUCAAAACAAGAAAGUGGACAUCUCCAAGGUCUCCUCCAAGUGUGGGUCCAAAGCAAACAUCAAGCACAAGCCUGGUGGAGGAGAUGUCAAAAUUGAAAGUCAGAAGUUGAACUUCAAGGAGAAGGCCCAGGCCAAAGUGGGAUCCCUUGAUAACGUGGGCCACCUGCCUGCGGGAGGUGCCGUGAAGACUGAGGGCGGUGGCAGUGAGGCUCCUCCGUGUCCGGGCCCCCCUGCUGGGGAGGAGCCCGACGUCCUUGAGGCUGCGCCUGAUGCUGGCGCCCCUACUUCAGCCAGUGGCCUCAGUGGCCACACCACCCUGUCAGGGGGUGGUGACCAAAGGGAGCCCCAGACCUUGGACAGCCAGAUCCAGGAGACAAGCAUCUAAUGAUGACAUUCUGGUCUCGUCUUCCAUCUCCCCUGUGUUCCCUUUCCUGUCUUCCCCUUGUUGCCCUCCCCCAUCCCUCCUCACGUGUCACUGCAGAUUGAGACCUACAGGCUGACGUUCCGGGCAAAUGCCAGGGCCCGCACCGACCAUGGGGCUGACAUUGUCUCCCGGCCUCCCCACUUCCCUGGCUGCCCAAGCUUGGGGUCCCGGGCCCUGGGCUCCCUUUCCCGGGCUGUCUACUAGACUUGUAAGCUCUUGGGUGCUGGGCAGCCCUUUAGGCCUCUUUCCCUCUGCCUAGCUUGCUCAAGGCAGCAGCAGCCGCCCCCCACCCCUGCCUUCACUGCUUUCGCCGUCUUCUGGGCCCAGCUCCAACUUUACUAUAUCCCACCACUGCUCCGUGGAGAACAUUGGGAGGGGAUGGGAGUCUAAUGGAAUCUCUGUGGGAUGUAGGAGUGGGGUGCUGGAUUCCAAGAAUCUGACAAACCCUCCCUCUCUUCCCUGGCUCAACCUGGGGGACUAGUAUAGAUGAGCUCCAGGAGGUAACCAGCACUGAUCCAGUUCCCUGGAACCUAAACCACUGCCUCUCUUUUACCCCAUGGUGGAAUAGCACCCUGUAGGUGGUACCAGGCCCUUGUUUAUUCCCGUCUCAAGUUAGUCAGGGGUUGGUUGCCCCUUGUUUCUACCGCUUAUCAUACCUAAAUAGCUGCUGGCUCACUUUUCUUUAUUAUUUUUCCCCUCCCAAUAACCUAUGAACUGGUGGUGUAGUUUGCAGGUUGAAGCCAUGUCUAAAUGAGAGUUCUCAGUAGGUGAUGAGGGAAGCAGGGGAGAGGCUCAGAGUCUCCACUAAGGAGGCUGUCGGGCAUUGGGGCUGCCUAUCUGGGCAGCGUGGGGCCCUGUAGGAAGAAAGUGAGAAACAGGGCUACUGCCUAGUGAGCAGUCAGACAGCUGGGGCGGACAGUGCGACUGGUUUGCUGGCAUUGUGUGUAUGCUGCUUUUUUUCUUCUAACCAAGAGGCUGGUUUUGGCAUCUGUCGCAUUCCCUGGGAUCCAGUGGUCAACGUGUGAUACAAAACCAGGGCUGGAGAAGGAGAAAUGAAGGUCAAAAUCCCUGAUCUGCACCUGCAGGCCAGGGCACCCAAACCCUCAUAUCCAGGGGAGCCUGAGAUGUCCAGAAUGCAUGUGAACAGUGGGGAAUCAGGUGUGGAGAUUUUAAAACUUAAAUGCAUGAGACUGAGGCCAUCCCACUUCUCUUGUGGUGUGACUGGAGAGAGGAGCAGGAGAGGCCAGGCCUAUCGUGGUGGUGCAGCUGUCCCCGCGUGGUCUGUUCAUGGGAGGGAUGAUUGUAAUGCUGAGAAAAUCCUGGGAAUUUUAUCAACACAAGAUUCUUAUUGCACUUGUAUUUUUUGUAUUAAAGUUUGCAUGGUUUCUAAUAAAGGAUUCAAACCUAAGUUUGUAGUGAAAUGGCCUGGGAGUGUUUAAGGACUCCUCUCGUGGGGCAUUUUCUGCUGCGCAGAUUUGCCUUUCAGGAGGCUGACCCAGAUCCGACCCUCUUGGCCCUCCUCUCCACACGGCAUCCACCUCUGCUCUGGGUACAGCCUGAACAGGUACAGUCUGUAUUAUGUCUCUGCUAAGGAAGUCAUCCCUGGGCCUGAAGUUCCUCUCCAUUUUUGAGGCAGCAGUUUCUUUUCAGAAAUCUUGACAUCAAAUCCCUGGCUCUCCAUACUCACACACAAUGAAUUGCUGGGGCCUGAGUCAGGGAAUGGCUUUCUGUAGAAAGCUGCAUGGAGCCUUCAGGAUCAGUAUGGUUUUGGUGUUUUUUGUUUUGUUUUUUUCCCCUCUUUUCCAGCAAGGGGCAAUAUGGAACUGGGAAGAAGGAAAUAGUGGGGGCCAGGGUGCUGAUAGCUGAGGGCAUAAAGGUACUUGCUACCCUUCUUGAUCCUGGGGCUUUGAGGAUGCUGAAAUUAGAGAAAGGAAGGGUGGCCCAAGCUCUCUAGGUAGACUAUUACGAGGUCCAGCUCCCUGGACUGGUCCCACUAGUCAGAGAGAACCUCAGAAGGCUGAUCUGGCAGUGGGACUGUGGAUGUGACGUGUAUACAACGACUGGGGAUGAGAUCUUUCUGUACUCUUAGUUUGCUCAUGGCUUAUUAGCCAUUCCAUGUCUGUAACUGUUGUACUGAUUUAAAUAAUAAAGCUGCCUGACAUCCCA